UGUCUUCCAGAUGGGGCGGCGCCUGAGAGGAAGCCCAUGUGUGAUUUUUCCGACCACAGAUCAGACGUCUGCGAUAUGGAAGGUGACAUAAGAGUCAUCGGGAAGAAUCUGUCCUCUGUAAUGCUCGUUACCCCCUCUGAUCAUAAGGGCAGCAGAGACAGAAACGAGUCAUGGCAGAUCAGACCUUAUCCUCGCAAGUUCGACGACUCAGCCAUGGCUAAAGUCCGGGCUUUGGACUUGACAUCACCGCAUGGCGAUCGAGAAGCCCCUCGAUGCACUGUCAAUCACGCUGUCCCCGGCAUCCUGUUCUCGACCGGCGGACACAGCGGAAAUUGCUUCCACGACUUCGCCGACGUGUUGAUUCCCCUCUUCCAAACUGCCGGCCCGUUCCAAGGCCAGGUCCAGUUCAUCAUUGCCGAUCGUCAAGGUUGGUGGAUGCACAAGUACCGCCCAUAUCUAAUGAAGCUGUCGUCGUAUGAUAUAAUCGAUUACGACAAUGACGACAGAGUGCAUUGUUUCAAGCAUGCUGUCGUUGGAUUGAGAGCCGAAAGGGACCUGAUGAUCGAUCCCGCCGGAGCCCCAGAAGGGUACUCCAUCAUGGACUUCGUGAGGCUCACGAGGAGCGCCUACUCGCUAGAGCGAGAUCGCGCGUGGGCCGCGGCCGGGGAGCCGCCCGGCAAGAAGCCAAGGCUGCUGUUGAUAGCGAGGGGCGGGACGAGAAGAUUCAUGAACUUGGAGGAGGUGGUGGGCAUGGCGGAGGGGGUGGGGUACGAGGUGGUGGCGUCGGAGCCCGACUUCUUCGAUGUGGGCAGGUUCGCACGGGUGGUGAACUCGUGCGAUGUGAUGGUGGGCGUGCACGGCGCAGGACUGACCAACUUCGUCUUCCUUCCCACCGACGCCAUCGUGAUCCAGGUGGUGCCACUGGGCAAAUUGGAUUGGAUAGCGACCAACUUCUACGCGGAGCCUGCCAUGGGAAUGAAGCUGCGGUACUUGCAGUAUGACAUAAGCGUGGAGGAGAGCACCCUGAAGGAAGCGUACCCCAGAGACCACCAGGUGUUCAAGGACCCCGAGUCCAUUCACAAGCAAGGCUGGUUCAAACUGAGGGACAUCUACCUCAAACAACAAAACGUCGAGCUUGAUGUGAACCGAUUCAGGCCUGUCCUACGGAGGGCAUUCGAGCUUCUCCGUGAAAAGAAGUACAGUUGAAGAACCGGGAGUUCUGUAUAUUGAUUUAGUCCCAUCGAUUACGAACGACCACACGGAUGACUCUAUAUAUGCCAUAGCAAUCAUUUUGCACU